AUGAGACCCUUUAUAUUCAACCAGUUUGACGACAAGGUAACAGUCGUCUGCACUCAUCUGAUACCGUCACUUAGUGACGUCACUACCCCAGAAGUGGCAAUGAAGCCGUUCUUUGCAUCUCUGGUGGAACAGAGUCGCUCGGAAAUCACCACGAUAGUCGAAACGUUUAAGAACGUGCGACCAUUAUUGCUGCUGGGAGACUUCAACGUGAAUGGUGGGCCGCUUGUCCCGGGAAAAGCAGUUGGAGAAGACCAAUAUCGACGCUUAUCAAAACUAUUCAACACCCAAGUUACAUCAAAUUGCACCUUUUGCGCUGCGGACCAAAACGUUUACAACCUCAACUCAUACGACGUUCCGACGGUUAUAGAUCACAUCUUUGGCAACGGAAUGGGGAUCCGAAAUGUGAAGCGUGUGUUCACCCCUGACGAGGUAUCGAUUCCCAACAAUGGAGAGCGUGUUCCUCUGUCUGACCAUUUCGGGGUGAUGGGUGAUGCUGUCUGCUCUCCCGGGGCCCGAAGGGUGGCUCCCAGGCCCGGGAGGAUGGGAAACAAAGGGAGGAAACGAAUACAACAGUGAAUUUUGUGUUUGUAAAACACCACCUGAAUUCAUAAUUAAAUGAAUUUCAAUUU